AUAGAAGGAAAAACAGACACAAAACAUAACGAUUUGAUUUCUUGGAAGAUAGGUUAGGUUGGUCGGGUGUUAAAUAUAUACAUAUAUAUAUUGUACAAAGCACGUUGGCGUCCCAGAAGCAACACAACAAACCAACAGUCGCCACCGAUAACACUAAGAAACGUUUGCAAAAUUUGAUGCUUCCCGCUUCUUCCUCUGUUACACUGUUCACUCUCUUUCUCGCUCAACUUUCUCCUUCAUUUUCACUUUUUCCCUAUUCUAGCAAUGUCGAGUUUUACUGCCAUAGCACUGGAUAGGUUGAUAGAGCCGGGAGAUUCAAAUCCGGUUGAUAAAUCUACUCGAACUUCCAUUCCUAUUCCGAACUCACAGAAGCUCGAGAGGAGUAAUAAAGCACCUGCCAAUAAAAGUAAGGCUCUUCGUCCUCCAUUGAAGCCUACGCUUUAUUCCACUCCUGAGGUGACACCCCUUCCGGAAACUCCUUCCUCGUUCCCUCCUUCACCAUACAUCAUCAACCACAAACGUCGUGGCCCAAGUCUUCUCAUCAAGAGUUCCUCUGAUUCUGAUGUGGAUAUUCAUAAUGAUGAAAAUGUUAAUGACAAGAACUUUGAUGCUGUUUUUGCAAGUUCAGCUGGUGACCUCCAUGUUACUUUUACAAACACUGAACUUGUUAAAGAGGAUAUGGUGAAUGGUGUCUAUGACGGCAAACUGGAUAGCAGCAAUGGUGGUGACCCUGCAAAUUGUACCAGAGAAACUGAAAGUAGUAUCUUAACCGAUUAUUUACUCAAGGACAAGUCACUGACAUUGAAUUUGGACAGAGCUAGAGAGGUUGAAGACUUUUUUGAUCCACCAGAUUCAAUGAGUUUUGCAAGCAACACAGAUGGGGAAGAAAAUGCAACAGACCUUUCUAUGAAAUUUAGCAGUCCUAUUGGGGAGUAUUAUGAUGCAUGGGAAGAAUUUUCUUCCACCAUGAGUCAAAAUUCUAUACACGAUGUUGAUAUUGAAGUUGAAUUGCGUGAAAUGAGAUUAAGUAUGUUGAUAGAGAUUGAAAAGCGGAAGAAAGCAGAAGAAUCUCUAAAUACCAUGAGAAGCCAAUGGGAAAGUAUCAGGCAAGGAUUAUAUCAAGCAGGGAUUAUAUUGCCUGCAGAGCUGACUUCUGUUGCGAAGGAUGAGCAGCUAAUUUCUGAUGGUGUGGAAGAUCUAUGUCAACAAGUUUAUAUUGCUAGAAUUAUAUCAAAUACCAUUGGAAAAGGAAUUGCUAGGGCAGAGGUAGAGGCAGAGAUGGAAGCUCAACUAGAGGCAAAGAACUUUGAUAUUGCUCGACUUAUGGAACGUCUCCGUUGUUAUGAGACCAUGAAUAGGGAGAUGUCUCAGAGGAACCAGGAAGUAGUAGAGAUGACACGGCGUGAGAGACAAAGAAGAAACAAGAGGCAGAGAUGGAUUUGGGGUUCCAUCACAACUGUGAUUGUUCUUAGUACGGCUGCAUUAGCAUGGUCUUAUCUCCCUAUGGAUAUAGGAUCAUCCUCUACUGAACGUGAUCUGACUCCUGAAUAUGAUGAUGCAGUCAAGCAAUUCACAACAUAAUGCAAUGUUGAAUUAUGGUAGGUAGGGAGAGUAAUAAAAGUCUUACAUGCCAUUACAUGUUCAGCUUCUUUUGUUAUCAGUAGCAAUUUUCUGGCAGUGAGGCUAGCGGUUUCACUUGGAAAUUUUGAGGCUACCUUUAACCUUGUGAUCCAUCCGGCACAAUGCUGUUAUGAUAAUUCUCUGGUCCAGCAGUGAAGAAUGUCCUUGUAGAAUUUGAGCUUGUCUAUGUUGGUUUGUGGUAGUAAAAUACAAAUUUUGGUAAUUCGUUGACACUACAGGUUGACAUAGGUCACAGAUGCAUUCCCUUAUCGAUUCAGAUAAAUGACUGUUAAUAGCAAUAAUCCUACUCUACGUAUUUGCUUUGCAAUAAAUCACUGUUGUUCCUAAUAAAAAA